GUGAAAGCAAAGUGAACGGUGGUUGGAAUGUGAUUUCACAUUUUAUUCUUUUUCAGUGAAAAGUAGUCUGUUCUUUACUUGUUGCAAGCAAUGUUCGAAUAGUGAGGAGUACUUGCCAUAUUGUUGAGAGUGCAUGAUUCUAUCGUCAUCAGCGUGAAAAUGGAAACCAAAUGGUCGGAUUUGAAAGUUUCUAUAGAUGAAAGGAUCCUCAAAACUAUCCAAGAGUUGAAGUUUUCUUCCAUGACUCCCGUGCAGGCUGCUUGUAUACCCCUUCUGCUCACAAACAAAGAUGUUGCUGCUGAAGCAGUCACUGGUAGUGGAAAAACGAUAGCGUUCCUCAUCCCAAUGCUUCAGAUGCUCAUUAAGAAGAUGGAUAAACUCAAGAAACAUGAAGUUGGCGGUCUGAUAAUAUCUCCAACUAGAGAACUAGCUCUUCAGACCAGUCGCGUUCUAGCUGAGUUUUUGAAGAAUAUCAAAGAACUUACGCAAAUUUUACUGGUGGGUGGCAGCUCUGUGGCUCAGGACAUUCACAAAUUUAACAACAAAGGUGGAAAUAUCAUCGUAGCUACUCCUGGACGACUAGAAGAUGUCCUCAUCAGACAACAGACUGACUGCAAUCUUCCUACAGCCCUAAAAUCUUUGGAGCUACUCGUUUUAGAUGAAGCUGACAGGCUGCUUGACCUAGGGUUUGAAAAAACUAUCAGCAAUAUUUUACAGUUUUUACCAACUCAAAGAAGAACUGGACUUUUUUCAGCAACACAAACUAAACAAGUAACACUUCUUAUUCGAGCUGGUCUUCGAAAUCCUGUUCUGGUAGUGGUGAAAGAAAAAGGAACUGCAGAGGAUCAGCAGUCAAGUGUCUCCACUCCAUCAUCCCUUAAGAAUUACUACACAAUUGUUGAACCUCAGAAUAAACUCACAACUUUGAUCAGCUUCAUCAAACAGAAUGGCUUUAAUAAUAAGUACAUUGUAUUUUUUUCUACUUGUGCGUGCGUUGAAUAUUUUUUUGAACUUCUCAAAUGUUUGUUGCCCAAGGUACAACUGUUCUGUACCCAUGGUAAAAUGAAAGACGUGAAAAGGUAUAAAGUCUUCGACAGUUUUCAGGAGGCAAAAUCAGGUAUCUUGAUUUGCACUGAUGUAAUGGCAAGAGGUGUUGAUAUACCUGAAGUUCAUUGGGUCAUUCAGUUUGACCCCCCUUCAUCUGCCACUUGCUUCGUCCAUCGUUGUGGCAGGACCGCAAGAAUUGGAAAUAAAGGAUCUGCAUUGGUUAUGCUUCAACCUCAUGAAGAUGCCUACGUUUAUUUUAUCAAUAAAAAUCAAAAGGUGGUGCUAGACGAGUUGCCCCAGAUUGAUCUCAUGGAUGCGCAAGAUAUUACAAAUAAAAUAAGGAAACUGCAAUUAAGUGACAGACUGAUUUUUGAUAAAGCCAACCGUGCCUUUGUAUCCUAUGUGAAAGCCUACAGCAAACAUGAAUGCAAUCUGCUCUUGAAAGUCAAAGAUCUUAACCUAGGACAACUUGCGUUUGGCUUUGGUCUUCUACGCCUACCUAAAAUGCCAGAACUGAAGGGGAAAACUGAUGAGGAUUUUGAAGCAGUUGAAAUUGAUUUUAACUCCAUUAAGUACAAAAACAAAGAAAGAGAAAAGUCACGUGGAGACAAGUUAAAAGUCUACCAAGAAACUGGGAAAUGGCCUGUGAAGCCGUCUGCACUGAAGAAACGAAUGAAACAAACUGUUCCAUGGUCCAAAACGAAAGAAGGAAAAGACGAACGGAAAAAGAAACGAGAGAUGAGAGCAAAAUUAAAGCAGGCCGUGAAGAAUGGAGAGAAGAAGAAGAAGCGGAAACGCAAAUUAAAUUCUGACCAGCUGAAUGAUCUGGCCGAAAAUUUAAAGUUGAUCAAGAAAAUGAAGAGGAGCAAAAAGAAUUCAAACGAUCUUGACGAAGAUUUUGGCUUGAAUGAAGAUUGUGGAGAUUUAAUUGAGGGUGAUGGAUCGUGAUGUUACUUGUUAACACCUCUCGAGUGCAGUUGCCAUGCAUGAAAAUAACAGUCAUUCUUUACCUAUUUUUUAUUUUACCUUUAAAAGAUGUACAUUUUUUUGUAAAUAGUGUAAAUAAAUGUAUAACAUUGUUACAUGUA